AUGGACACAAAUUGCAAAACAGAUUUAGUAGUUAACAACUUAAGUGAGGUUUUCAACAAGUGGGUUCUAGAUGUCAGGGCUAAGCCAAUAAGGACCAUGGUUGAUGGAAUUAGAACAAAAUUAAUGGUCAAGUUUAAUGCAAAUAGAACCAAGACUCAGACUGUCGGAUGGGAGAUUUGUCCAACAUAUGCAGAGAAAUUGGAGGAAGCAAAGAAGUGGUCUAGAAACUGCCAAUCAUUGAUGGCUGGCCCCAACCUUUACCAAGUUACUAGUGAGGAAAGAACAUAUGCUGUCAACCUAGCACAUAGGACUUGUGGUUGUAAGAAGUGGGAUAUGACAGCAAUUCCUUGCAAUCAUGUUGUUUCUGCUAUACACAAGGCUAAGCUUCAGCCAGAGGACUUUGUUGAUGAUUUCUUCAAAAAACCUAUGUACCUGGCAGCUUACAGUCCUAUAAUAUAUCCUGUACCUGGCCCUGACAUGUGGCCAAGGACAGAUAGUUUGGACAUUGAGGCUCCUGUUUUCAAAGAACACAAGGGCAGAGCACAGACUAAGAGGAGAAAGGGCCAAUUUGAGAAGCCAGCUCCCAAAGACACUUCAAGAAUGGCCUCAAUUACCUGCUCCAACUGUAAAAAGGUGGGCCAUAGGUACACCAAUUGCCAUGAUGCUCUAAAGCCUGCACUUGCUAUGAGAAAGAACAAACAUCAGCCAAGCACCAGCUCUUACCCACCUGAUAGUAGAAGCACACCAGCUCCAGCAAGGACUGCAGCCUCUGCUGUUGCCACAGCUGGUGGAUCAUCAAGGAGGGCAACAUCUGCUGCUAGUCCAGCUCCAGCAAGGACUGCAGCCUCUGCUGCUGCCACUGCUGGUGGAUCAUCGAGGAGGGCAACAUCUGCUGCUAGUCCAGCUCCAGCAAGGAGGGCAACAUCUGCUACUGCUCCAGCUAGGAGGCAGCCAGCUGCUCCAGCUGCUCCCAAGGGUAAGGCAGCAGAAUCUUCAUCAUCUGAUCUCCCAAGAGUAAGGCACCAGUUGCUCCCAAGGGUAAGGCACCAGCAACCAGAUCUUCAUCAGCUGCUGCCAAGGGACCAAGGUUAG